AUGUUUGUCAAAGAGAUGCGGGCUGGCAAGGGAUACGUCCACCGCCAUCCGGAUGUUAUUGGACGUCCUGUGAUUGUGGCCGUUGCUCGGAGGCAUAAUGUUUUUGAUCGCAGCUUGCUUGAAAGCUCGCGUAUGUGCACAUGGAUGCUGGAGACAGCUAUGAAGCAGUGCGACACCUUGGAGCCACCCCAACCUGGGAAACAGAGUUCAGUGCCAAACAAGCCGGAACAGGCCCUUGGCAUCUUUGACUUAAGGGACUUCUCCCCUCUACAGGCCGACUUGGAGGUAGCUGGAUUCUUGAUCGAGGUCUUGUACAACUAUUAUCCAGGACGCACAGGAAAGGUGCUCUUGGUGGGGGCUCCAGAUCUGUUCCGGACAUUUUGGGAGAACAUCAAGCCACUCCUUGGCCGAUAUUCCAGCCUUGCAGACUUUGUCUCAGUGGAGGAGUUGCGCAACAACUACUUUCAGCCUGGUCUUGAGCCGCCGGAGUUUGCAGCAAGUGGAAAAGAAGUUGUCCGUGGCGCUCGAGCACCGAGGCAGCUGAGAGGCCAUGCACACAUGCCGGCUGUGGCCUUUGUUGGUGCAUCUGCCGCUCUGGCAUGGGGUGUUUGCAGGCGGCGGAAGAUCCUGGCACGAAAGGCCCGAUCGGUUGCUCACAGCUUUCCACUGGGCCUUGGCACCCGUCAUAUUGAGAACGACUUUCACGUGGACUCUGAAACUGCCGAGCUGCAUAUCCAGCAGUUGCAGCGACAUAUCCCCGAGACUUUCAAGUUCAGGGGAAGACCAGCUGCGCAAAACCGGGCUUUACUCUGGUGGUUCUUGCGAGACCGGCACCUGGAUGUUGCGGAAGCUGCCGCCAAGCUGCGGAAGUGCUUGGAGUGGCGGAAAGAUUUCAGUGUUGAGCGGCUGGGUCCUGAGCUGUUCAUCAAGGAGAUGCGCUCCCGCAAAGCCUACCUGCAUACUCACCGGGAUGUGGCAGGGAGGCCUGUGUUGGUUGUCAUCGCCCGACGCCAUAACAUCCUGGAACGUCGCUUCAAAGAAAGCUGCAGCAUGUGUACAUGGUACAUGGAACAGCUGCUGGAAAGGCUGAGCACCAUGGAGCCUACAAGUGCGCAAGGUCCCGCCAGCCAGGAUGCCGACCAAGUGGAGCAGGCACUGGCAAUCGUGGAUCUCAGUGGCUUCACACCGCUGCAAGCCGACCUGGAGUUUGUCUGUUUCAUGAUCGACGUCAUACAUAACUACUACCCUCGACGGUUGGCGCGCAUUCUGCUUGUGGACGCUCCAGACGUGUUUGAGUCCUUUUGGAAGGGUGUUUGCCCACUGCUGCACCACUACAAGGACUUGGCGGAGUUUACCACUGCCCCUGAGGUGGGCCGCCGCUAUUUUUCCUGUCCCGAGAAGGCUCCACCUGAGCUACUAAAGAGUUACAGAGUCUGA